CUCUCUUCUGCUUUACGUGCGGGGAAGCAGCAGCUCCAGCAGACCCCGUGUCCUGCCUCCCGCGUCCCCGCCGCUCUGCCUCUAUUCUCGGCUUCUCGUUGCGGUUGUGGAGCCUGGUGGCCGCUGAGGAACCGACAUGGGGUGUUUCUUCUCCAAGAAGUCCAAGAGCAGGUCGGAGGAGAAAGAUGAACGGACGCCGACGACGACGACUGUGGCAACUACGGCAACGGGCAACGCGGUUCCCCUUGGCAACAACAGCGACGAGGCUCCGAAGCAAUACAGCUGGGACAAGAGGGAGAAGGUGGACCCUAAGGACUACAUGCUGACGGGGCUGAAAGACGUGACGGUCGGACGCCUGCCGGGCAAACUGAACGGCCAGCAGUUCGUCAUCCAGGAGUGCGAGAACUGUGACAUCUUCGUGUUCGACCACUCGGCCACCAUCACCAUCGACGACUGCGUCAACUGCCGCAUCGUCCUCGGGCCGACCAAGGGCAGCGUGUUCUUCAGGGACUGCAAGGACGUCAAGUGUGUCGUGGCCUGUCAGCAGUUCCGCACGCGAGACUGCAAGAAGAUGGAGGUGUUCCUGUGCUGCGCCACCCAGCCCAUCAUCGAGUCCUCCAUCGGCAUGAAGUUCGGCUGCUUCCAGUACUUCUACCCGGAGCUGGCCUUCCACUUCAAGGACGCCGGGCUCAGCAUCUUCAACAACAACUGGAGCAACGUGCACGACUUCACGCCGGUGUCCGGGGAGAACAACUGGAGCCUGCUGCCGGAGGCCGCCGCCGUCCUGGAUUCAGUGCCCGCCCCGGACCCGGAGUCCGAGUUCAAGGGGGUUCGGAUCUCCGCCAACCCCGAACGCAGCAUCGUGCCUUUGACGAGGGGGGGGAGGCGGAAGGACAGCGAGGAGUCUUGUCUGUUUGUCUUCUUCGCCGGAGAAUACACCACGGCGAACGCACGGAAACUGAUCGAUGAGGCCACUGCUAAAGGCUUUGUGUUGAUCCAGACCAAAGAAGUGUCCAUGCGACCUGAAGAUGUGAAGAGAGUGUUUCAGAACAGUGCAGAUGACCUGGUGGAGUGGAUCACUAAAGGUUCGGUCAUCGCUCUGGAGCUGAACGGAGACGGAGUGGUGGAAGCCUGCAAGAGCAUCGCGGACGAGGUGUUCAGUGGCACCAAGGUCUUCGUCUCUGAUAACAAAAACACGUCCUCUCGAGAUGUCGACAACUUCUUCAACUUCGCUGACAUGCAGAUGGGCUUGUGAGCGACCGAGCAUCCAAGCAACCUGAUCCCCUGAACGCCUCGCCGUCCAGCGGGGGGGUUGAGUAGAGCGUCCUGUUUUUAUCCUCAAAUAAUUACCUACUUAAUGAAAAAUAUUAAGGACUGGUUUUUGAUACUGAAACUCAGCUGAUCAAGUAUGAGUCUUUGGAUUAAAGUUAAACCGUCAGCUGUAAACAUCUGGAAGUCCGGUCGUCGCUGUGAAUAUUUAUAUUUCUACGAAUGUAUUCUGUUGCUUUUUAUCGAUUUGUGAAUGUAGCUCUUUGCUGUAAAUGUAGUUCAUUUUAAUUUAAAGCUUUGACUUUCUUAACUGAAACCACGAGCACACGAAUGCCUGAGGGAAAAUAUUUUAUAUAAAUAUAUAAAAAUCAUAUUUUUUAUUUCGUACAAGGAUUUAUUUGUGUAUGUGGGUUAAAUGUUUAGAGUUAUUACUGAUAUAUAUUUUAGGCCAAAGCUGAACUGUCACAGUGUGUUAGUCUCUGUUUACAUUCUUUAGUGUGAACAUUUCUAUUAUAGCUGGUUUUGUGACGUAGCCAACUCAUGUGAUCAACUUUAUUUUGUAAUAUGUGUUUUAUACUCUGCUGAAUGUUUUUUUGUAUCUGGACACAAAUUCUUGUUCUUUGUCAUCAUUUUUAGUAUAAAGUUUCAAUAAGUUUGACUUCAUUUUGUUAAAAGGCUUUUUUUUUAAUCACACCUGUGCUGUUAUUCUAUGUUAAAUAAACAUUCCUCACUGUGUUCCU